CACAAAGUCCAUAGCAAUCCGCUCCCAUUUUCGCACCGAGCUAUAAAAGAACAUCAAAGAAUCAAUAACACAAGCAUAACAAAAUCUUCAACACAACUAGAAGUUUAUUAUAAAAAUAUGUCAGGAGUGAAAUUGCUUGGUGUUAAUGGGAGUCCAGCUAGUCAAAGAGUUGAAUGGGCUUUAAAGAUAAAAGGGGUAAAAUAUGAAUUUAUAACAGAAGAUUUACAAAAUAAAAGCCCUUUACUUCUUAAAUCCAAUCCAGUUUAUAAGAAAAUCCCAGUUUUGUUACAUAAUGAGAAUCCCAUUUCUGAAUCACUUGUUAUAAUUGAGUAUAUUGAUGAAGCCUUUGAAGGACCAUCUAUAUUGCCUAAAGAUCCUUAUGACAAAGCUAUCGCUCGUUUUUGGGCUAAGUUCCUCGAUGAUAAGUGCUUACCAGCGGUGUGGAAAGCUUUGUGGAGCCAAGGAGAGGAGCAAGAGAAAGAUAAAGAGGAAGCUUAUGAGGUCCUUAAAGUUCUUGAUAAUGAACUUAAGGACAAGAAGUUUUUCGGGGGAGACAAUAUCGGAUUUGUUGACAUAGUAGCCAAUUUUGUCGGAUUUUGGAUAGAAAUUGUUGAAGAAGCCACUGGGGUUGUACUCGUGACUAGUGAAAAAUUUCCUAAUUUUUGUGUGUGGAGGGAUGAGUACCUAAAUUGCGACAAAGUAAAGGAAAAUAUGCCGUCCAGAGAAAUGUUGCUUGGUUUUUUUAAGUCUCGGGUUCAAGCUGCUGCGGCUACUCUCAAAUGAAUAUCUAAAUCCAAUUUCCUAUGGGUUUAGUUUUACAUACUUGUAGUGGUUUUUUUGUGCUAUACUUGAAUCAAGAGUGUAUCAAAAAUAAUCUUUUUAUCUUUUGAAGGUCUCCGUAAAGCUGCAUACACAUUAGUACCCUCUCCAAAUCCUAUUUGUGAAAUUACAUUAAAUAUGUUAUUAUUAUUUAUGUUUUCUUUUUGGGAAUAAAAGAUGUCAUUUAGAGAAA